UCCUGGGUGGAAUAACUACCAAUAUACUAGCCCCGAAAAAGAACUAACCCUUCAUAAUAUUGAUUCUCCACAACAUUGCUGUAUGUUAUGUGUUAAUGAUCCGGACUGUGUUGAAUGGAAAUUUAGUGUUCGUACAAGUAAAUGUUUUCUUUACUACAACACAAGUAUUCCUGAAACUUGUUCAGAUCCAAACAUUCAGCCAAGCUCUACGGGUGAUGAAGGUGGUGUUAUUCGUUGUAGUGAUGAUUAUAAUAAUGUUAUUCUUAAACCUUAA